AUGAACCGUAACGAUAAUGUCAGGGCUAUUCCCUUUUUAUCAACAGUGAAUCAAAAAGCUUUGAACUUUGACUUGGAGAAAGUUUGUUCCGUGAGCCUUUCACACUUAAACGUUUAUUGUUGCUUGGUUUGCGGCAAGUACUUACAAGGAAGAGAACCGAACUCACCAGCGUUUUCUCAUUCAGUCAAUGAGAACCAUCACAUAUUUGUACGGUUUCAAACACAACGGUUCUAUAUAUUGCCGGAGGGUAAGAUAAUCAAGCCUGUUGAUUAUAAUGAGGUAUUGAAAACAAUACGUGACAACAUCUCACCUACAUAUGAACCAGAGGCAGUAAGGCUGUUUCCUGUGAAUUGCACAGAUGUAUCAUCGCAUACCUAUUACAAUGGAUUUAUUCCGUUAUAUGAUUCUUCCCACAGAGACUUUGCAAAUGUGGUGAUUGUAAUGCUAAGCCACAUCCCGCCCAUCAGAGAUACAUUUCUAGUUGGGAUGGACACAGAUAAGUUUGAUCCACUUGUCAAGCUAUUUGGAUUGAUUCUGCGAAAGCACUGGUCAAAGAAUCUUUUAAGAGCUCAUGUACUGACCGAUGAGCUGCUGAGCUAUAUAUCAAUUAAUUACCCAAAGUUAUUAGAGAAUAAGGAUCCCAGGGUUUUUCUAUUGAGUUUGCUGAAUGCUCUCAUCAGCAAAUGUCCACAAUUGAAGCAAUCCUUUGACUGCAUCAAAGGUAGGAUUGACAGUCAGGACAUUGAUGAUGAUGGUAAGAUAACCAAGAGAAGGCUACUGCCCUUUACAUGCUUGACACUGGACCUUCCUGGAGAUUCGGUCUUUAAAAGUUCAUCAGUCGAUGAAGCCAUAUUGCAGACUAAUAUAGAAGACUUAAUGAAAAAAUACGAUGGUGAACAAGAAACCUUGGUUGGUAAUACUAUAAAAAGAUAUAGAAUUGCAGAACUGCCUGAUUAUUUGAUUUUGCAUUAUCAUAGAUUUGAUCCCAAUUCCAAGCAACCUGUUAAGAAUAGGAAAAGAGCAAUUGUAACGUUUCCAACUAGUAUUAAAAUAUUAGAUGUCGAUUUUGUCUUAAUUGAAAAUGUAGUUCAUAAGCAAGAAACGAAGAACUCUCCACUAAAAAAGAUCAUUACAGAUGAUUAUUCAAGCAAAUGGGGAAUACAAUUGAAUAACAAAUCAACUGGAAGAUGGAUGGAGUUUUAUGGUAACCACAUAAAACAGAAGGAUGAAGAGUUUUUAUUCUUGGAUGAAACUUAUAUUCAGCUGUGGAAGAAACAAAAUUGA